GGCCUCUCCAUGGGGCUGUCCUUUCCUUAAAAGAGCAUAAGAGUACAAGACCACGCAACCCUGCAGUCUUUUGAUGAGAGCUGGUGCCUGAGUGGAGGACAGUCCGAAACUGAUGGUUACAGGGUGCUUACAUUAAAGGCAAGGACAAACUGAGCUUGGAGCAUGGACCACUUCGAUAUGAACUCCAACAUCUCUAAGGCUACGGCACUCUUAACCAUGGAAUCUCUGAAUUUACCCCCGCUGGGCGUCUACCCGGCCUUCGUCCUGGGAACAGCGGUGUACUGCUUCAUCCUGUUCUGCAACAGCAUGCUCGUCAUCACCAUAGCGCUGCACGGCAGUCUGCACAAACCCAUGCACCUGCUGCUCUUCAACUUGCCCAUAAACGACAUGGUGGGGGCCUCCGCCUUCUUCCCUCAGUUCAUCGCCAGCAUUCUGGCCCAGAGGCGGUCCAUCUCUUACCCAGCAUGCGUUGUGCAGGGCAUGCUCAUACACCUGUACGGCGUGGGAUCCCUGCUGAUACUGACCGUGAUGGCGUACGACAGGUACGUCGCCAUCUGCAGCCCGCUGAGGUACAACGCCAUCAUGACCAACGGCAACUUGGUGAAGAUCAUCGCCGCCAUGUGGCUCGCGGACUUCCUUGUGAUCGGCGCGCUCUUUGCUCUGCUCACCCGCUUUGACAUCUGCAGGACGCUCAUAGUGGACAUGUACUGUAACAAUCCCACAUUAAUGAAGCUCAUCUGUGAGGACACGUACAUAAACAACUACUACGGGCUGUUCUUAACGGUUUUGACUCAGGGCGGGUCGCUGCUUGUGAUCACGUAUACGUACGUCCAAAUCCUGCUCACCUGCUUGCUCAACAAGCAGUCUGACGCCAAGAGCAAAGCUAUUCAGACGUGUGCCACACACUUAGUGGUCUUCCUGUUCUUGGAGUUCAACGCAUUCUUUACUAUAAUCGCACAUCGUUUGAACAGCGUCUCCCCAUAUUUGAGGAAGUCUUUCGGAGUCUCAGUAUUAAUCUUUCCUCCUCUCCUUAACCCCUUAAUAUAUGGCCUCAAAACUAAAGAAAUUCGAGAGAAGAUUAAAUUCUUCAACAAACAAGUGUCUCAUUUUUAAGGAUAGGUGGCCUGAAUUAAUAUCUGGCUAAGUGUCAGUCAUCUCAAUCUGCAAAUUCUGAUUGCGUGUGUUACAUGUUAUAUUGCUUUUUAUUUUUAUUUUUGACAAUGACAUAACAUGACACUGAAACAAAAUGUUAUUUGUCAAAAUAUUUAAACCUGUUAAAAUAUAUAUAACUGUAUAUAAUUUCUAUAUGUUCAUGACAAAAUAUCAAUGACAGAUUAUUUUUUAUGCUGCAUGGGUGUUUACAGCUGUUUUCAAUGUGUGACAAACAGCAAUGAAAUAAUAAACUGCUCAUGUAAGAAGCAUUAAAUAUUUAAUAUUUAAGUCAUAUUCACUAUUUAGUGUAACCUAGUAAGGAGCUAUAUUUGAAAUAAGAAACAGGGAGCAAACUGACCAGAAUGGUCCUCAUAUGUGGGGAAUUUCAUUUUAAAUCAUAAUAAAAACCAGCACACAAGGUAACCAUCCCCACAACAUAAUUCCCCAAAAGGCUUUACACGUCUUGUAUGAUGUGACUGAUAGUAGCAAAAAAGGCACAUGCAUUGCUUUUCACAUGUAUUUUGCCCUUAAUCACUUGUGCACUAUCUGCAGAUACGUUGAAAAAUAAACUAUAUUUGCUCAAGUUCUGUGUUUAUUAUUUUUUCUGUGUGUGGCUGCAUUAAUCUAUUA